AUGCGAAGACGGCGAAGACACGAAAGUACGAAGGCGAAGGAGCAACGGGACAAAGGCGAAGGGGCGACGGGACGAAGGCGAACAAGCGAUGGGAAGACGGCGAAGAAACGAAACUGCUGUGGGCUCACCUCCAACACAGACCGUGCUACCGUUAAACUGAGGUUGGCGUCUUUCUAUGGUGCACUCGAAGCUAAUUGUGCCAGCCCCGUUCUUAAGAUAUGCACUCGAAGCUUAGGGUGCGCGCCCGAUGCUCAAGGAAGAUCAAAGAAUUCUUCAUGCAGUGCCCCUGGACCGACCGGCGUGCCAAUUCUGGGCAAUUUGUUACAGUUGGGACGUAAACCGCACCUGACGUUAACGUCAUUCCGACAAAAGUACGGCGACGUCUAUCAAAUUACAAUGGGAUCAUAUCCUACCGUCGUCCUAAACGGAUUGAGAGCAGUAAAACACGCGUUGGUCAAACAGGCCGAGGACUUCGCCGGACGGCCCGACUUCUACUCGUUCAGAUACAUCGCCAACGGCAAAAGCAUGGGGUUCAGUGACUACGGAGCUAAGUGGAAGCUCCACCGGAAGAUCGCACAGAACGCUCUAGCGCUGUGUGCCAACCGGAAGUACAACCCUAUCGAGGAGGCGAUCGUCGCGGAGGCGCGCCUUCUUGCCUUGAACCUGCAGAAAUCCGAUGGAGCGCCGGUCGAUCCGCACAAUGAGAUAUAUCUCUCCGUAGGAAAUAUUAUUUGUGCCCUCUGUUUCGGAGAGCGGUACCGCAGGGACGAUCCUGAUUUCCAGCAACUUGUCAAAAACAACGACGAAUUUAUGGCAUUUGUCGGAGCAGGCAACCCAGUGGACAUAAUGCCGUGGAUGCGACAUUUCACGAAGCGUUCCUUCCGGCAGUUCCUCCGCAUCCUGGAGACAAUGGACGGCCUCUGUCUGAAGAAGCAGCGGGAGCAUCUGGCCACUUACGACUCCGCGCGCGUCAGGGACAUCACAGACGCGCUUAUAAUGGCGACCGAAGAGACACCGAAAGAUGACAAGAAGGCUACCGGAUUAACUGACGAACAUAUCAUGACCACGCUACAGGAGCUUAUAGGUGCAGGGUUCGAUACCAUCGCUAGUACCUUGCAGUGGUCCAUCUUGUACAUGAUCACCAACCGGCAAUGGCAGGAAUUAGUGCACUCUGAAAUCCACAAUCUGUACGGCGUAGAUAGUACUCCGAACUUCCAUGACAUGUCCGAAUUGCCGCUCACUGAAGCGACGAUUCUCGAAACGAUGCGACAUUCGUGCAUUUUCCCUUUUGCACUCCCUCACAGUACGACGUCUGACACGGAAAUUGGCGGCCAUUUUGUUAAGAACAAGACUCUAGUGUUUGUUAAUUUAUGGUCCGUAAGCCACGACCCAGAAUACUUCCCGGAGCCCGAUGUGUUUAAUCCAAAAAGAUUUUUGAACGACACUUGUACGAAGGUGGACCGCUCAAAGGCGGAGCUUUUCCUCCCCUUUGGUGUGGGCAAGCGCCGCUGUCCUGGUGAAAUUCUGGCCAAAAUGGAACUCUUUCUGUUCUUUACAGUGCUUUUUCAGACUUGUAAAUUUUCCGUAGUUGAUGGGGAAACGCCAAUAGUGGACAGCAAGUACGGAUUGACUUUAAAGCCAAUGAAUUUCAAUGUGUUGGUGUCUAAAAGGCAAUGA